UCAAACGUUGGGCUAUCAUCUCAUAAGCUUGCCGUGCGUGUAUUAAAUUAUUAUAUAGCUCCUAGUUUAAUGUGUGUUGUGUAUUUCAGAUGAAAAUGAUUAAAAAUAUAGAAUACGUGGUAUUAAUAAGUGCAGUAUUAUUGAUAACGAGAAAUGUAGAUGCACAAACUGAACUUGAAAUAAAGAAUAUAGCAGCCGGAGAAUAUUCAUACAAUUAUCACACGUAUGAUGGCGGCUUCCAACUUAAAAGUGAGACUGCUAAGCAUGAUGACAAGGGAGAUCUGAUAGUCGAGGGCCAGUACAAAUAUGUAGUUGACAACAAACGAUACGUGGUAACCUACACGGCUGACAAAAAUGGCUAUCAUGCAAAAGUUACCAUCGAGGAUUAUUCACAGUCAGCUGUUCAGGUCUCCCUCGACCCGGGUCUAUUAGCGACGCUCGUCGGCAAAUGAUCGAAAUUCGAUCGAGUGUGUGCGCAAGCCUUAAAUAUACAUAAUAUAUUCUGUUCAUCAUUUUUUAAAUUUGACUGGUUGAAAUAAAUUACGGUGUCAAUGACUGAGACAAGUCCUUGGCGACGCAUUGUUAAAUAAGGAAUGAGGUCCAGACUUGACAUUCUUGAAUAACUGGAUAUAUAGAGUGGGCAGCGGUCCUGUCCGGCAGUCCGCUUAGAUAACCAUUGGUGAAGAACAUUGUCAAUUAUGGUGAAAAAUAGUUCGCCAGUUGUAACUCUUGCGAUUGCUAUAUUAUGUUAUUUGAACGAAGUACACUCGUACAACGAUAACACGCAAAUAUAUAAAAAUGUAUACAACAAUAAUGGAUUAGGUGGUUACAGUUUUGAGUUUGAAACUUCUGAUGGUACCUACAGAUGGGAAGAAGGUGGUCGCAGUCCAGACAAUGAUGGACUGGUCGUGAGGGGAGAGUUCGGGUACAUAGAUCCAAGAGGCAAGCGCUACUCGGUGCGAUAUGUCGCCGACGCCAACGGCUAUCAACUGCAGCCCGACGAUGGUGAUACACGAUUUAAUGAUAGACGUAUUGUAUAAUUUUAAAUAAAAUAGUUAUCAAAA